AUGUCUCCUCCGCAGUCUCUUUCUCUCUUUUCGUUUCCCUCCGUUUCUCCUCCUCCUCGCCCUUUCUCCUCCAAGUCCAAGCCAACCAUAAAAUUCCCUACAUUUUUCUUUACCAAACUACCCCUCACCAUCCCCAAAUUUCCCCUCCAUGUCCUCCACUGUACUUCUCCAAAACCCUCACAACAAGAACAACUACUCCAAUUUGUAGCGGACUCUAAUGGCAAUACUCUCCCUUGUGUCAGAACCUUCGAGAACAACUUGGCUCGGCUUAGCCUAGUCGGCUCCGUCCGCUUCGAUCAAGCUCUUACUGCCGGAGCUGCCGAUGGUGGCCGCGCCGCCUCCGAACACCUUAACUCCGGCGUUCCUGCUAUGGUCGUUGACACCGUCUUCCCUGCCCCCGCCGAUGAGCACGCAACCGUCUCCACUAGAUUGUUUUUGCCAGCAACGAAAGUUAAGCAAAAAGCAGCGAAACUGAGAAGGUUUUUCAAGGAAGGUGUUAUGGCUGGCACUACGUCUCAAAAGAUUCUUGCAAUGACAUUUAGACAAGUAGUUUUGCAACAGUUAUGGAACUUUGAACUCGUUUUGUUCAGACCCGGAACGGAAAGAAACAUGUCGGAUCUUGAAAAUCCGAGAGAGGUGCCAUUUGAUACUGAUGGGUUCAGUUCUCUUAUGCAUUUCGUAUCAGCAGAAGCCGUUUGCAUUGCUGCUCUUCAAAACACUGAAAGGCGUUUCGUUGAUGAUCUUCUGGGGAAGAGUUCUGGUGGUUUUCUUAGCUGGUUUCGGAAGCCUCAAAAAGUUGUAUCAAGAGAUUCUUCUGUUGUCAUUUAUAAGUUGUUUGAAGAUGAGAUUGUUGAGAAUGCUAAGAGUUUGCUGGAGAAUUUUAAUUCGGGUGAGGAAAGAUUUAAGGGAAUGAAAGUGAAGCGCAAGUAUAAAUGGUGGACUUCGUUAGCACACUCAAAGUUGGAAAAAAUUGGUGGUCCUGAGUUCAGUGCUUGGACAAGUGAGUAUGUACCAGCUUAUAGGCUACAAAUUGAUGCUGAUAAAGUUAAGGAUGCAAAAUUUGAAGGGUGGAGAAAAUCUUCUGCAAAUAAUCUUUGGCUUCUGGCUGAUAAUGGAGCAUAUGCUGUUGUUGUUGCUAUCCGAAGAUUCACUCUUAUUGAAGUGUCCAUUUCAAAAAUAGGAGUUGGAUUGGCUGAAAUAUUUGAUUUAUACUAUGAAGAUAUAUAUACAAUGCCCAAUAAAGAGUUAUCAUGUGGUGUUGUUGCAAAUGUCACCAAUUUGUCCAACAAAAAGAGGAGAUCUUCUUUGAUGAAUGUCUUGUCAGUGACCCUUGUAAGUGGAGUUUUCCUCAUAAGCAUCAGUGCUCUAAGUCAGUUUUGUCUUCCUCAUCGCCGCAAGGGACAAAUAUAUGCUCAAGAAAGUAGUUCUCUUCCAUCAUCAGAAAUUCACUUUGCAGUAAAUGAGUCUCUAGAUGCUGCAAAGUUGCAAGAAUUUUGCAUCUCCAUUUGCAAAAAGUUGAAGGAUUCUUUUGGCUGGCCUGGUGAUAUAGUGACAGACAAGAAGAUUGGUGCUCGGAUUGGUAAAAUACCAAAUUACUUUAAUUCAACUGUUUCUUCCUCCAUGCAGAAGAUUGAUACAGAUCUGAAAUCAUCUGCACAGGAUAUUGCUAGUUAUCAGGUGGUUUUGUCAACUGAUGGGAAAAUCGUUGGUUUCCAACCUACUAGCGGAGUAGGUGUGAAUCAUUGGGCAGCCAAUCCCCUAGCAAAGGAGCUUUAUGGUGGACGAAAUUUAUCCCCUGGCUUUAUUGAACCUGGUCUCAAGAUCAGCUUUCCGAACGAGGUAAUUUUAAUAGAGCUGUUGGUGUCAGUUAACUCGGAUGCCUAUUUUGCGUUGGCGAGGCCAGUUCGAUGA